UGCGUAAAAUGUAUAGUUGUGCAAUAGAUGUAGUUUUCUCUCUGCAUCUUUACUCACUUGAGAGGUGGACUGCACUUUUAUUUUAGUAAGCACCUUUGUGAAAACAUCGUAGCUGAGAGAUUUAUUCAACUGUUUCUUUUCAGAUGCUUUUUUAUUAUUUUUGAUCAAGUUACAAGAUCAAGAUGGUCAACACAAAAGAAGAAGUUUCAGCCACUGAGCCAGUUUCAGCCACUGAGCAAAGGACAAAAUUCAUCUGGUCACCAAAGGGGAUGAUUUUAGCUCUUGAAAUUGCUCUAUGUUUCAUCACGAUUAUUUGUAAAGCAACCUCUCUUCGAUGCUACUUGUGGUGCCCCAUUGUAGACCUGGUCUGGGCCAUUAUCAUCUUCAUCAUUUAUGGCAUGGAACUGCAGAUACGGGCAUUGCCAUGGACGGACUUCUUCAGAGCAAUCACAGGCUCACUCACCUUACUAAUUACUUCUAUUCUCUGCAUUAGCUGGGCAUUUCCAAGUUCUGGGGAAGUUGCUGGUUCGAUUUUUGGUUUGCUGGCAGCAGCAGUAUUCGGAUAUGAUACUUUUGGCAUAAUGAAAUACAUCAAGGAACUGAAAGAGCAGGGGAGGGAUAUUAAUUUCAUUUUGAUAUAAACAUUGGAAAAAAUGGAAUACAACAGGAGCUCAUAAGGAUUCCACAAAUGUUUUUUUUUUUUUUUUUGUCAUGUCAUGUGUAAAUGUAAAAGUCUUUAAAGUUAUGUCAUUAAAGAGUGCAAUUAUUAGCCUUUUA